AUGAAGAUUAAGUUGACUUCCUCCAAGACAUGGAUUGUCACGAAGUUUGAGGCAGAGCACCCAACCCAUCUAUUAUCGAGCCCUGAUAAAGUGUUUAAUCAUUAUUCCCACAGGCAAAGCCAUCGCUCGAAGACUUGCAAGAGAAUUAUUGAGAAUUUGAGUGAAGAAGGAAUGGCUCCUUCUACUAUUGCUCGAGUGUAUAAUGUUGUGUCUAAGAGUAUUGAUGAAGAAUAUAUUACUGCACAACAAUGUAUUGAUCACAUCAGAACUAGGAGGAAGAACAACAUUGACAAUGAAUGCAUAUCCAUCAUAAAGAAUUUUCAAGAUAGGAAGGAAAUCGAUCCAGAAUUUUACUUUUCCAUAGAGCUGGAUCAGACGGGGACUUUGAGGAGCGUGUUUUGGGCUGAUGGGAGAUCAAUAUCUUCUUACUUAAGUUUUGGAGAUGUAGUGGUGUUCGACGUUACAUAUAAAACCAAUCAUUUGAGCCUACCGUUUGCUCCAUUCACAGGUGUAAAUCAUCAUCGACAGUCCAUUCUCUUUGGUUGUGCGUUACUUGCAGAUGAGCAAGAGGAUACCUUUAUUUGGUUGUUCACCCAAUGGCUAAAAUGCAUGCAUGGUGUUGCACCAAACGCAAUUAUCACCGAUCAAGAUGCACAAAUAGGAGGAGCUAUCAGACAACAACUUCCAAUGAAAGCACAAUAUGGAGAUGAGAUUUCUACAUAUUUUGAUAAGUGGUAUCGAGCUAGCACUAUUCACAAAUGUGAGGAACGUUGGAAGAUUUUAAAGGAGAAUUUUAAUAUAGAUGAGAGUGUAGAUAGUUGGCUGACGAGGAUGUACAGAUUGCGUGCACACUGGGUAGAUGCAUAUUUGAAAGACAUAUUUUGGGCAGGAAUGACAACUAGUCAGAGGAGUGAAAGUAUCAAUGCAUUUUUUGAUGGUUAUGUAAAUACAAAGACUAGGCUUGUGGAUUUUUUGACUGCUGUUCCUGAUAAUUAUAUAUUGCAAAGGUGGAAAAUUGAUGCAAGACACAAAAACAUUAGAUUUUUUAAUGAUAUGGAUGUAAGAAGCAAUGAAGGUAGCAUGGAACAGUGCGAUAUUAUUAGAUUGUGGGCAAUUCGAGCCAGAUUCAAUGCUACCCUUGAGAUGGCUUCAUGUUCAGCAAAUGCCAUUUCUAUGGUGGAGAGAAUGCUACAAGAUAUCACUAUAUCAGUUGAGAAGGAAGUAAAGCUUAAUGAAAUUCAUAUUGCAAACUCUCAAAUUGGAAGCCAAAUUAGUUCAAAUGCAAAUGUAGUAUUGAGAGAUGGUGAAGAAAUUUUAAUUCGUGAUCCUAGUGGCCCAGUCAAAACAAAGGGUCGUCCAAGAGGUGCUAGCAGGUACAAAUCAGGAAUUGAAGAGUCGCAAUCGAAAAAGGAUAUAAAACAUCGGAAAUGUGGGAAUUGUCAACAAUUGGGUCACUAUAAGACCGGUUGCCCGUUGUUGCUAAACGAAAAUUGGUCUGGAUUCUUGAGCACCACAUGCAUGGAUUUGUGGAAGAUGAAGUUCUCACUAUUGCGUGAAAUUUCUGUGCAGAAAUGGGAAGCUACUUGGAAAUGUAGACUGGAAAUGGUUUUGAGUUUAUUCUGUAAUGGAAGCUACUUGGAAAUGUAG